GUCGUCACACUAUUUCGAACACAUUGCAGCCCUAGUUCGCUUCCCUUAUGCGAAACCAAGUGCUUGUUAUUUAUGCAUUGUCUUUGAUGGCAACUGGAAUGUCUUCCCGAUCCAAGGUUUAAUGUCAAUUGCCACACUGUCUGUGGCGCUGCUCACCAGCCACACUUUAUCUGAAACAGCCCCCAGAACUAGCCAAGCAGACCAUCUCAGGCUGCACUUCACGUUCCUGAUGUCUCUCAACACCUCGUGAACUGUGGCCCGUCGUCAAACGCAUACCGGCAGAUGACCACCAGUGCCUAACAUAUGCGAGCCGUGUUCUCAAGCAUCCCAGGAAGACCAUUAACAAUGGACGGCAUGCCAUCACCUCAUCCCCACAAAACCUGCACUUUUUGUAACGAUCCUAUAUACGGCACUCUCGACGGGCUAAAUCAUUUCCUCGCCCAUCGUGCAGCAUGUCGCUUUCCACCUUAUGGCCGGGCCUCCAGGGUAUUUUGUAGACUUGACUCGCUGUUGCACUCCGAGUCCGAGCAGAGGUUACGAGCAACACAGCGUACACAGUACUGCUUUGAGAGGACUACCACUUUCUGGAAUGGUGUAGGCCCAGAAGUCAGGUUUCCUUUUGGUCUACUAAAGCACCGCCCACGUGCUCUCACCCGGCCACCAUCGCCGAGCAGACCAUCCAACACCAAGCAAAGCAACAACCCGCAAGUUCAGUCGCCGCUCUUUUCGAGACUGCCUCUGGAGAUACGGAAAAUGAUCUAUGAAGAAGCAAUUGGAAAGUCAGUUAUUCAUCUUGAGAUCAGAGAUCACAGAUAUGUGGUCGGUCAUGCACUGUGUCCUGAACCUAAGUCUGGCAAGUGUGGCUGCCGGUACUGCAGGUACUUGACAUGCAGACGGAUAAGAAAAACGGCGAAUCCGUUGCCGUAUCUGUUCAGUCAUACACUGUGUCCUGAACCUGAGCAAGGCAAAUGUGGCUGCCGGUACUUGAAGCGCAGAGGGGCGAGAAAAACGAUGAAUCCGUUGCCGCUACUGCUAUCGUGUAGAAUGAUCUACUCGGAAGCUAUAGAUCUUCUCUACUCGUCCAACUCGUUCGCUUUUCGCCAUGACGCAGGAGGACCGCUCGUCAUCCUCCCAGACCUUCUGCUUCCCCAACGCUUUCACGCUAUUCGCUCUCUUUCCCUCUUCUGGGUGCCCGACUUUUGGGUCAGUCUCGACCCACCUUCACGCUUAACAGAAGAGUGGGAAUUCGCCUGGAAGGUCAUUGCGUCCAUGAAAGGCCUGCAAACCGUAUACGUUGACCUGGCACAGGACGGAUUGAUGCGGCCUGAUCUUGAAAGGUUGCAGGAAUUCAAAGCUCAGAUCAUCGAGCCAGUUAAGGCUAUCACCACGCCGUUGAAAGCAUUUCGGAUGGUCUGGCCGCACGAAGGCUUUCCGAAGACGGUGGAAGUGGGAGGAAAGGUGUGGGAGAUUGAGACGCUCGACAAGGCAACGAUGUGGGUGGAUGCUACUUUAGGGCGGAUAAAGAAAUUGGGUUAUACCUAGGUAUAGAUUAAUUAGCCCUCGGAAAACGUCCGGAGGAGAGGGAGUCUACAUAGCUAUACUCCUUCCUUCGGUAGGCUAAUGCGUACGAACCUAGGUAGCGUCAAUACUAUCAAUAGAACUUCUACUGGUUUCAACAGUGGCGUCAUCGAGGUUCUAGAUGGUAAGGCGAUUCCAGCUAAAUCUCUCUCCUCUCUCCGAGCUAUCU